ACUUUUAAACUCUUUGCUUGGAUUUCAUUCAAAGGAAUAGAGAACACAGAGAGUCAUCAAAUGCAGGGUCACUCAACUUCCCAGCACCUCUCUCUUAUCUCUGCUUCAGAUGUCACCCCUAGCCCCUCAUCCUUCCUUGUUCCUGAGGGAUCCUCCCUUGCUGGAAAGCUCACUGGCUUCUUCCUUGCCACCAUUGGGAAAAUUUCCCCUUUGUGGCCCUCACCAUGUUAUUUUCCCAAGGCCAUUCUGACCAGCCAAAUCCAGCUUCAAAACAGGAAGCCCCAGGACAGUACCCUGUGUUAGCCUAAGGUUUAAGUAGUCAGAGUUUCCUGAGUGUGACCCACAUACACAUCCCGGCUCUGCCCAGCCCCUGAGAGUGUUCAUUAGCCCUGGGCACUUAUCUUGGAGCCACAGCUGCUGACAGAGUCCUGGCCCUAUACUCUGUCUGCCCUGAGCCUGCAGUGCCAUGGGGAACUGCCUGCACCCGGUGGAAACCUCCUUUUCACUAGACAAGAAUGGAACUCAGUUUCCUUUGGAUAUGGAAGAUUAUUUCUAUGACAAUAACAUCACCUAUGAAUCAAUGGAUAACUACAGCAUUGGAGCAGCUGCUCCCUGCCACUCCUGUACUCUACUUGACAAUUCUUCACUGCCCUUCUUCAUCCUCACCAGUGUCCUGGGCGUGCUGGCAAGUGGUAUCAUCCUCUUCGCAAUUCUCAAGCCUUUCUCCCGCUGGCAGAUCUGCCCCAGCUGGCCUGUUCUGGCACAGUUGGCAGUAGGCAGUGCCCUCUUCAGCUUUGCAGUGCCUGUCCUGGCACCAGGGUUAAACAGUGCCCAUAGCACAGGGCUGUGUUUCCUGGGCUACUGGACCUGGUACACUUCAGCUUUCGCCCAGGCUCUGCUGAUAGUGUGCUAUGCCUGCCUGAACCCCAGACUGGGUAUAGGUCAAAUCCGUGGCCUCAUCUUGGGACUCACUGUAGGAGUUUGGGUAGCAGCUGUCCUAUUAGGGCUGCCUGUCACCUUGGCCAGUGACAUUUACAAUGGCCUCUGCACCCUUGCAUCCAACAAGGACCUGGAAGCUUUGAAGUCCACACAUUCUGCAAUCUGUUUUACCAUCUUCACUGUGUUACCACUGGCUCUUUUGGCAGCCACAGGGCUGAGGAAGGCAUUGGGCAAGGGGCCAGGCCCCUGGGUUAGUGUCCUGUGGAUCUGGUUCAUUUUCUGGUGGCCUCAUGGGAUGGUUCUCAUAUUUGAUGCUUUGGUGAGGUCCAAAAUAGUGUUUCUGCAAUCAUGUCCAUCCCAGCAGAUUCUAGAUGUGAUGCUGAACCUGGCAGAAGCCCUGGCUGUAUUGCACUGUGUGGCUACACCCUUACUCCUGGCCCUCUUCUGCCACCAGACCACCCGUAGAUCCUUGCCUUCUCUAUCCCUCCAUGCAAGACAGUCUUUUCAUAUGGAUGCCUUUGCAGUUAAGUCCUAGUUCUUUCCCCACAUGUCAACCUAAAUUAAAGUCUAUACUGCUUUUAUGAA